GCCAGGAAGGCGGGCGGGGAGGAGGGAGUGCCCGGCGCGGAGGGCGCAGCCGGGGCGCGGGACGCGAGCGGGAGGCCGGCCCGCAGUGACGAUCGCCGCCGCCGCCGCCGCCACGAGGCAGGCUCGCCCGGGGAUGUCUGAGCCCGCGCCUCGCGGGGCCCGAGCUCCACGCGGCGGCCGUCGCCCCGGCCUCUGAGGGCCGCCACGUCCCGGCGCGCGCGGGCGGAGGGGCUCGGUGCCGCGGGGCCGCCCGGGAGGGGCCGGCGCCGGGAGCGGCGGUCCAGGCUGCGCGCCUACCCCAUCGCCGCGGCCGGCGGGCCAGGAGGAUGCGCGGCGCCGGGCUCUGAAGCAUGGAGGGCGUUCUGUACAAGUGGACCAACUAUCUCACAGGUUGGCAGCCCCGUUGGUUUGUUUUAGAUAAUGGAAUAUUGUCCUACUAUGAUUCACAAGAUGAUGUUUGCAAAGGCAGCAAAGGAAGUAUAAAGAUGGCAGUUUGUGAAAUUAAAGUCCAUUCAGCAGACAACACAAGAAUGGAAUUAAUCAUUCCAGGAGAGCAGCAUUUCUACAUGAAGGCGGUCAAUGCAGCUGAAAGACAAAGGUGGCUGGUUGCUCUGGGGAGCUCCAAAGCCUGUUUGACUGACACUAGGACUAAAAAAGAAAAAGAAAUAAGUGAAACCAGCGAAUCUCUGAAAACCAAAAUGUCUGAACUUCGCCUCUACUGUGACCUUUUAAUGCAGCAAGUUCAUACGAUUCAAGAAUUUGUUCACCAUGACGAGAAUCAUUCAUCUCCCAGCAUAGAGAACAUGAACGAAGCCUCUUCCCUACUUAGUGCCACAUGUAAUACGUUCAUCACAACGCUUGAGGAAUGUGUGAAGAUAGCAAAUGCCAAGUUUAAACCUGAGAUGUUUCAGCUGUCCCAUCCGGAUCCCUUAGUUUCUCCUGUGUCACCUUCUCCUGUUCAAAUGAUGAAGCGUUCUGUCAGCCACCCUGGUCCUUGCAGUUCAGAGAGGAGUAGCCACUCUAUAAAAGAACCAGCGUCUACACUUCACCGGCUCUCUCAGCGACGACGAAGAACCUACUCAGAUACAGACUCUUGCAAUGACAUCCCUCUUGAAGACCCAGAUAGUGAUAUCCAGUUCCUCCUUCACACCUUCCACGUUUUCACCCUCUGUCCCCUGUCUCAGCCUGCAUCAUGUGCAGCACCAACAAAAACAGUUCCAUCAUCAAAUAACAUCAGGGAGCAUUGGAUUACCUCUUGGAGAAUCAACACAUACUAACUCAUCAAAGGCUCUGAGAAGUCCUGCAUAAAGAAGCAUAAUUACCCUACCCAAGUCCUGACUCAUGUUUGUCAGAGGGGAGGGAGGUUGGGGGACUGGGUGAAAAAGGUUAAGGGAUUAAGAAGUACAAAUUGGUAGUCACAAAAUAGUCAUGGGAUAUAAAGUACAGCAUAGGGAAUAUAGUCAAUAAUGUUGUAAUAACUAUGUAUGGUGGGUGCCAGGUGGUGCUGGAAAUACCACGGGAACACAUUUUAAAGUAUGGUUGUCUAAUCACUAUGCUGUACACCUGAAACUAAUACAAAAUGAUAUAAAAUGUAAACUGUAAUAAAAUUAAAAUGAAA